AUGAGCACCGAAUACGUCAUUCGUGAAGUCCUUUUGGGCAUCACCAUUUGCUUUGCGCAGAUUCCCGAAUCAGUUGCCUUCGCCUUCAUGGCCAACAUCAAGCCCCCCAUCGCUCUCCACGCGGCUUGGAUCGUGGGUUUCAUCUGCAGCGCCUUCGGUGGGCGCCCCGGGAUGGUCAACGGCGCCACGGGCGCCUUCGCGGCGAUCGUUGGGACCUUCAUUCCACCGGCAGGCACUGGCAACAAUGGUGAGGGUGUUGAAUUGCUUUUCCCUUCCGUCAUGUUGGCGGGUCUUUUGAUGGUGCUGGUCUCCGUGACCAAGCUCUCUCGCUUCAUCACUCUGUUGCCCUCGCCAGUGAUGCUGGGUUUUUGCAACGGCCUGGCCAUUGUCAUUGGCUUAUCCCAAUUGCAUCCCUUUGAGGAUCAUGAAACACACCACUGGAAGGAAGGAUCUGAGAUGAUGUGGAUGCUGAUCAUUUGCUUCACCGCCAUGAUCAUUAUGGAGUGUUUGCCCAAGUUGCCCUUCAGGAUCUUCAAGGUGAUUCCCUCGUCUUUGCUGGCCAUCAUUUCCGCCAUCGUCCUUGAGUUUGCCGUGGUGCGCAACGUUGGCUCGCGCACGGCCACCAUCCGAGACGUCUCGGAGUUCACGUUGGACACGGCGUUUCCCAUUCCUUUCUUCAUCUCCACGGAGGCGGUGAGCUACGACCUCUCCAGCAUUCUCACCGCCAAUGGCAUCUCCAAAAUCGUCAUCCAAGGCAUCUUUUUGUGCCUGGUGGGCUCCAUCGAGUCCCUGAUGACCGCAGAGGUGGUGGAAAGCUUCACCAAGGAACCAGGGGAUGGCAAUCGUACGGUGCUGGCCAUGGGGGGCGCCAAUCUGUUGAGUGGUUUCCUGGGGGGCAUGGGAGGAAAUGCCAUGAUUGGAUUGUCCACUGUGAAUUGCCUCAAUGGUGGAAAGGGACGCUUGGGUCCAUGCGUCACGGCCUUGGGAAUCAUGGCCUGCGUGAUGGGUGCCUAUCCAUUGUUGAAUUUCAUCCCUGUGGCAGCAUUGGCGGGGAUCAUGCUGGUGGUUGUCUUCCACACCUUCAAGUGGUUCACCAUUCCGAUGAUCUUAGCCGCCUUCCUUCCGCGCUCCCUACGCAACAAGCUGAGUUUGCAACGCAAGGUGCCACGCAUCGACGCCAUUGUCAUCAUCAUCGUGACGAUUCUGUGCAAAUGGCCUGCGGGAACCAACAUUGCCGUGGCUGUGGGUGUUGGGGUGGCCAUUUGUUCCAUGUCUUAUGCCUGGAACUCAGCAGAUACUUUUGAGGUCAUCGUUAGUGAAGAGGAUGGCAUGAAGACUUACUUCAUCCAUGGGCCCUUCUUUUUCACCUCCGCCAAUCGUUUCUUGAAGAUGUUGAAUGCGGAUACAGAUCCGGAUCAGGUGGAAGUGGUGUUUUCGGAAGCCACGUCACUCUUUGACUACUCUGCCAUGCAGGCCAUGAACAAGAUCAGUGCAGAGUACAAAUCCAAGGGGAAACAAAUCCUCUUCAAGUCCUUAUGCUCCAAGAGUACGAAGCUUUUGAUGAAGGCCCAGCACUUGAUGUCCGAAACCGAAUACACCGAGAGAGACAUGGAGGUCACUGAUCUGAAAGGUGUGGAGUAUGGGCUUGGUGACUUACCACAGGGGGGUGAGCUGGGCGACGCCCUUGAAAAGUUCGGAGUGCCGCGGAGCGGCAGCAAGCAGUCCACCAUGGUGAACCAUGAUGAUCUCACAGUGGUGGUGGGCAAUGAAGUGGAUUGCUUGAAGGCACCCACGAAGUCAGUGUCUCGAAUGGCCAAGAAGUCGCCGGGCUGCAUCAUGGUGUGCCCCUGCACUGGUGGGGUAUAAGAAUGACUUCUCUAGCGCCGAGCCGCUCGAAAACUGAUAGGUCCGAAGAAUUCGGCAUAAUUCGGAUAGGAUCCCCAGAAAUGAUCCUUGAGAUUUCUGGGUCAACUUUAUACAUAUGGUAAAACUGGUAGAAUCACACCCAUUUGGCGAAUGGUAGCCGUCUCACCUGAGCCACAAGGCUCCCCAAUAGGCUCCCUCUCCCUCCGAAGUUGAGGUUGAGCAUUGACGCCAUUCCAGGUG